AUGUUGUUUCUGAUUGGUAACUCGACUAACAAGAUGAAGCUUUGUUUUCCAAUUUAUAUUCUUCAAGAUUUCAAAUUAUUGACUUUUCCUUGGAUUUCUAUGGUUCUUCUGGAGCUUCUUUUAUAUUUCGUCACAUUAUUUUUUGCAUUUAAAUGCGCAUUCAUAAUUAUCCAAGUUAGAGUAUUUCAUAAAAAUUUAUCAGCUUUGACUGUGGCAAUGAUAUUACAAUGGUUGGAAACUGUGAUUUCUAAAAUUAUUAGUUGGCCUUAUGAAACUGGAUAUUGGACUUUGAAAGGUUCCCCAAAUUCUUCGUUUCCCAAUACUACAGUAAGACAAUGGUGGACGGAAGAGGAAUCAGAAAUGAUUCAAAUUCUAGAUUUUGAUCUUAAUUAUCUAUUAUUUAUCUCUGGUUUCAUGAAACUGCAUUAUGCAAUUUCAAUGUCUAAUGUUCUUUGUGUCAUUGCCGUCGAACGAUCUUUAGCUUCUUAUUUUCUGAAUGACUACGAGAAAAAGUCCAGAUUUUGGAUUCCAAUCACAAUAGUUCUAGUGGAUCAAAGUUUCAAUUUUAUAGUUUCAUACUUUUUCUAUCUCAAUUAUGUUCCAUUUUUCUACAUGAUUAUUAUCACAGGGACACCGAAUGUGAUGGCAAUUUGUCUGAUGAUUCAUUCUCAAAACUACAAUCGGAAAGUGACCAAAACACAUGAAAAAUAUACAUCCAACUAUUCAUUAGCUGCUCGAUUUCAAGCAAAAGAAAAUUUAAAGUGUUUCCGAAUGAUUAAGAAGAUUUUGAUAGCGGCAUUUUCAAUUGUAGUAUUUGGAUUUUUCGUGGCUAUUGCACUAUUUUUGAAUAUUUUCCCACAGAUGGAUACCCUUUGGAAUCUUUGUCUUCUUGCUGUAAUGAGCCUUCCGCCGCUUGUUAUCUGUCCUGCUAUCAUUUAUUCCGUUGAUUCGUUUCGCAACUAUCCCUUUCUUGAUUGUUUUUUCAUUAAACUAAAGGUCGGAAAACGAAAAGUGACGAGUGUCCCAAGGAAGAGAAGCUCAACGAGAAGUGAAGAUAUUCAAAGAGAAACUGAGACAUACUUCAAUCAGUUGGCUGCCUCUUGGACUUAG